GCCAGCCUUCUCCUCCUCCUCCUCCUUCCCUAAAAUUAAAAAAAAAAAACAAAACAGAAAAAGGCCAUCUCCGCCUGAUGGCUCGUCCUCGUCGGAGCUCCGGCGGCGGCGCCCUCCACUGCUGCCUUGCCUUCCUCUUCAAGUUCCUCGCCUUCCUCCAGGCCUUCGCCGCCGUCUCCGUUCUCCUCUAUGCCGCCUGGAUCCUCUCCCGUUGGGGGCGCCAUCAUCACCUCCACCUCCGUGACCUGCUCCCCGACCUCUGGUUCGUCUGCGCCCUCAUGGCAGCCGGCCUCUUCUACUGCCUGCUUCUGCUCGCCGGAUGCGUUGCUGCCGAGAUCAACAGUGCUUGCUUCCUCUGCUUCUACACCAUCUUGGUUGUCAUUAUGAUGCUACUCGAAGCUGCUGUUGCCGCUGAUUUGUUCUUUAACAAAAACUGGAUCCAGGAUUUGCCAUAUGACCGCACUGGGGAACUUAACAACCUACUUUCCUUCAUCCAAAGUAAUCUCGACCUCUGCAAGUGGGCUGCUGUUGCUAUUGUUGCUGCACAGGCAUUUUCACUUCUCCUGGCAACCAUCUUGCGAACCAUGGUUUCUACCCUGAGGGCGGACUAUGACAGCGAUGAAGAUUUUGUAGUUAUAAGGAGGCCACUUCUGGUUGCCCAAGGUGCUCCCGCUUAUCUUCCCACAACGGUCGAUAGUAGAGGUUUCCAUCCAGACCUAUGGAGCUCAAGAAUGAGACAGAAGUAUGGAUUGAACUCAAGCAGCUACACCUACAAUACUCUGGAUCCAAAUGCACCACCACCUCAGUAAGCGUGUGCGACUGAUGAUGUUACAGACGAUGAAGAAUCAUGCUUUUGUCCCGAACUACUAGUAUAUACAAACGCCGUUUCCUCUAAUCUUGUACUAUCAUUUUCAUGGUUAGUCAUUUUUUCGUUUUAUUCUCUCUGGAUUGUACAUAGUCGCAUACUGCACUAUCAUCUGUUAAUAUCUGCAUAUUUGUGUUUAUGUGGGUGAUGUUGGAGAUUUGCAUCGGUGCAAUUGUGCACAAAACAUAAUGAUGGAUUUGUACAAGAGGUGCAAUAUUGUUUAAUAGUUUGAUAUUAUUUCUCUUGUUUGCUCAA